CGCGAUCCCGCCCGUGCUUCGACAGGGAGGUCAGCCAAUCAGACUCGCAAGCUGGGUUUUGGGUUUAUUCUGUAGCCAAUAAUACGCGACGGUCACGCACGCUGCUAGUGACGCUUUCAUUUGGUGCAGGAAAUUGAAACGUUUGCGUUGUUUAUAUGUUGUUGGGGAGAGAGAGGUGGCUGCAGCUUCUGGUGUUUAAAGUAUUCGGUUGGGUUUAAAUGUUUUCUACUGAUUUAUUAUUAUUUUUUUGUUAAUGUAUAAUCUUUACGGUGUUCCGAGACGGUCAUUUUCUGUUUUAUUUAAGAACUCAGACAGAGAGGAGCGUGUGAGCCAUAUUUACAGAGAUGUUUGAUACCUGGUCAAUAUGACUUUUUACUGAGAAAACAAACGCGUUAAGUUCAAGCAGCUGCUGGGUUCGUAAAGACGAAAGUUACUCCUUAUUUAUCACACCAGAAUAAUUCAUGAUUUUAUAUGAAUGUUAAUUCUCUAGUAAAAAAGUAAAUACAAAUACAAUAAAGUCAAAGAGGAUUCUGCUACUCGAGUCUCAAGCUAACAGUCAGUGAAGAUGGACGUCAGCGUCUCCGUGUCGUUCUUUCAAGACGAGCUCGCCUCUACCAUCGAGCACGCAGUGAAAGCGGCUGUAGACACCGUCUUGUGCCAAAUCACAAAAGUUGUCGGCGGCAAAUUCACUGAAUUCCGAAUGGAAAUGGCUGGAAAGGAGAAAGAGAAUGAAAGUCUGAAGCUGAGAUUGGAAAUAUCAGAGAGCGAGUUGAAAGCAGUGCGGGAAUGCAUGAACGCUGCAGAUGCAGACAUUAAACAACCUCUCAGAAACAUGAACCCCGACUGCAAUGAACAAGACUUUCAGAGGAACGAGAACCAGGGAUUAUUUCAAGAUCCCAAAGAGAGCCAUGCUAGAUCUAAACCUGAAGCACAGGAGGGGCCAAGGAUAGAAGCAGUUCACACACAAGAGGAGUCCUUUGACCAGGAGUGGUGUGCAAGUCUAAAGCAGGUUGCAAAGCUGACAUGUGUUAAAGAUGAAGAGGUCCCUCGACUGGAAUGUGUUCCUAUUAAAGAGGAAUUCAUAGAACAUGAAUGUGUCUCCAUUGCAGAGGAAGUUCCUACUGAAAAUAAUGUCUGUACACUUGAGGAGAACAACCAGCUGGGAUCCAGCCUGUGUGAUGAUUGUCCACAUGAAUGUGAACUGGGAUUUAGAGGAGAGACUCCAUUUCCCUAUGCUGAUUGUCAUUCAUCACACCUUAAAAUCGACCAGCGCGCUGACAAAGGAGAGAAACCUUAUCGCUGCACUGAGUGUGGGAAGAGUUUCACAAAGUUACAAAAUCUUAAAAGACACCAGCAUGUUCACACAGGAGAGAAACCUUAUCACUGCAUUGAGUGUGGGACGAGAUUCAGUCGUUUAUCAAACCUUAAAAGACAUGUGCGCAGUCACACAGGAGAGAAACCUUAUUACUGCACUCAGUGUGGGAAGAGUUUCACGCGAUUAGGGAGUCUUCAGUCACAUCAGCGCACUCACACAGGAGAGAAACCUUAUCACUGCAGUGAGUGUGGGAAGAGUUUCACACGAUUUGGGAGUCUUCAAUCACAUCAGUGCAUUCUCACAGGAGAGAAACCUUAUGACUGCAGUGAGUGUGGGAAGAGUUUCACACGAUUUGGGAGUCUUCAAUCACAUCAGUGCAUUCUCACAGGAGAGAAACCUUAUGACUGCAGUGAGUGUGGGAAGAGUUUCACACGAUUUGGGAGUCUUCAAUCACAUCAGUGCAUUCUCACGGGAGAGAAACCUUAUGACUGAUCUCAAUGUGGGAAGAGUUUCACAUAUUUAAGUUCUUUGAAAAUCAACCAGCAGUCUCACAAAAAUUAGUCUUAUCAAUGUAAUGAAUGUCUGAAGAGGUUGUCAUUUAUCAGACCUUAAAGACACUGUACAAUUCACACGAGAGUGAAGCCCUAUCCCUCCACUGAAUGAGGGAAGAAUUUCAGCCAGUUACUGGGUCUUGAAGGACACAAGAGAGUUCACCAGCAUUUCAGCCACUUGAGGACCUAAACACCAGGUCGAAAUUUGACUAAUACAGAAAUAUUGAUUGAAAACAAAAGAAUAAACAUGUUUGAUAAAUGAUGUUACUCCUAAUCACUUGAGGUCAAAAACUCAAAGAUGGAAAAUAUGAACUACUACAUCUUGUUUGGAACAUUCAUCAUCUUGUAGACCAUUCUGAUUUUGUUACGUCCCAUUAGUAAUCUAUGGAAUAGAUUGCAAUUGUGUCUGCAAGAUGCUGAGUUUCCUAGUUUGAACAUUGGGAUUAUUUUAUGUAACUCCCUACUUGUGACCAAGUCUCCAGCUCUUUCAAGUCAGUGCUAAGCUUUGGUCAAUUCUGAACUUCACACCUCAAACAGUUUUGUUGUUGACAGACCCUGACUGCAAUAUAACCCCCCCCCCCCCCCCCCCAUAUACAUUUUCUUAAUGGAAAUCAAAAAACAUCUAGGGGACACAGAAAGGGACACCAUCUUAAAUUGUUGUGUACAGUCUGCGCCACCCAAUCGGGAUACUGAUAGUCAGGAUUGCUGCUUAAAUUGGAUCCCAAUGCUAUUUCUGUCAUUUAAUUGGGAUACAGUAUUUUCAAAUGAUGAAUGGAGAUCGCUUUUCAGAGCAAGACAGGUCGCAUAGCACAGUGCAGUGAGUACGUGAUUACGCUGUGAUUUGUGUAAAUUGCGUUAACCACAUUGAACUCUUGAAGAAGGAGGAGUCUCCUGUGGUUUCUCAGGCUGCUGUUGCAAAGAAAGUUGCGUGUCAACAUCACAGGUGCUAUUUAAUUUUGUUCAAGAAUAAAAAAAAAACAGCGACUUGUAUUUCAAAUUAUGUAUUUAACAUUUCAUCACAAUGUGAUGCGAUUUCAUUCUUUUUCUUUUCAAUAAGAAUCAAGAAAGUGUGACUAAGGUCGUCUCAACUGCCUCUCGUUUAACUAGGACAGCCAAUUAAUACCUUUAUGAUACGUUAGGCUACAGCAGUGUUGUAAUCGAGUCAUAAAAAUUGGGAGUCGAGUCACGGGGUAGAGUCGAGUCUUUGACAUGCCAAGCUUGAAUCGAGUCAGAGAGUUUGCUCGAGUCGAGUCACCUAUCUGGCUCAAAUCAAUUCAAGUCAUUAGUUCUGACAGUUCAAGACAGUUUGAUUUAAUCAGAUUCAUUUUACAGGAGAUCAGCAAUCUACAAGUAAAAAGAAAAGAACAUUUCAAUUAAAAAUACAAAAUUGAGAUGCACAAUAAUGUGGUCAUACUUGCCUGACUGAUGUUCACUGUUAAAGGUCCUUGUGUUUUGUCUCAAUUUCAGUGAAUUCACGAUUCCUUGGCCUAUUUAUAAGCAGAUUUUGUUAGUGACGGUACAGAGGCCCUGUUACCUCUGCUUAAUUGGGUUGAAUGUACAGUAAUGGAUACCACAAAACAAAAGAAUGCAUUUAACCCUUUAUUUACAAUUUUACAAUUUUUCACUUUCUCAAUAGUGAAACUCCCUGAUAGUUUUUUUUUUUUUUUCAGACACCUUUACCAUGUGAAAGGAAAUUGUGUCAUUAAAUUUUCAAAUUCAUAUAGAGAUCUUCCUUCUUGGCCUUAAAACACAUCAGUUACAAAGGAAAACAGUCCAAGUAAUGCAACUGAGGUCAAAUCAGAGUUUAAAAUCAUUGCAUCCUCGCACAUCUAUGCUCCAGUUCAAAAUCAAUAAACUCAACCUAAUUUGAUUAAUAUGACAGAAAGAAAUAUAUUUUGAAAGGCUAAGAGUUUAGCAUUGUAAUGUGUGUUAGAAAAUAAGUAUUUUUCAUUAUUUUCAGAUAAAGGGUUUUUCACAAAUACAUUAAAAAAAAAAAAAAAAAAAUAGCUAAAAUAUUUCACACAAAACACAUCGCACCAUAAGCCCUUUAACCACCUAUACUUAGCACAAUAAAAUCCCAGUUGUUUGUCCAAAUAAUAUCAUCAACGUACAAUUUGCUAACGUAAAAGACUGGUAUUGUAGCUGCUGUUUCAUAAACACAUGCAACAUAACCCAGCAGCACAAACUAACACAUUACUGAUGUAAUAAUUGAUCUGUUCACCCACUAUGUCAAAAUCCACAGACCACUUCUUAAAAAGAAAUCUUUGAAAACAAUGCAGUUCCGUCCUCAACCUCCAUUUGUCUGGCAAUGUUUAUUGUGCCUAUUCCCAAAAUCAUGCUGCUGUGGUUUGGUCUGCCCGUUUUUGUUUUUGUGAAUUUAUUCUUUAAAAAAAGCAAAAUGUUUUUAACCAAACUAACUCUAAACCAUCUGUCCUGAAUCCUUAAAUUAAUCAAACAUGUCUAGAGCUGAUUAACUCAAUUUGGGAAUUCUGGAAAACAAAGAUGAUUGUGCACAGCUUCAUGAUCAUCUGUACAUGUGCUGCCAUGCUAGUGGUUGUAGAAGGAUACGGAAUGUAAAAAAUAAAUACAAUUAUUAAAGCUCCAGAUGGUUGUGUUCAUUUCUUGUACAGUGCAUUAUUAUGUAAAAUUUUGUGUGUAAAGCAUUUAAGUUUAUAAGCUUGUACAUGAGUUUGGAUUCACAAAUUGUUUUUGUUUUCAAUUAUUUAUUUUUAAAAACAUAGUAUAUCUAUAGAUCAAUAUACAUUAAACCAGACAGCAAACAGUAACCCCCUUUUCUAUGGCAUUGAAGUUUUAAGCUUAUGUAAAUAAAAAUCUGUUGAUUGACCCAACAAAUAAUUAUUGAUUGAUAAGAAAUACCAAAUAAUUAUUGAUUGGCAUUUCUCAGUGCUGGCAGGAUGCAGACUGCUUAUUUCUUUCCCUGUCUACUCCAUAGUUCUGCUGACGUUUUCUCUCUGUCUACUCCAUAGAAAAACGUCCCGUGUGAAAUGCUUUUCUGGGUUUGCAUUCGCUCAGUUUAUUUUACUCGCGUAAACCGGGCUUUUCACCCGAUGUCAUACAAAUCAAUGGGAAAGGUGGGGGUUGAUAUGUAAAUUAACCAUGCGUAAAGAACUCGUGCUGUUUUUGAAGAUUACUAGUGACAUUUUGUGAAAAUGUGGUUUCCAUGUGCAGAGAACUGGUACACGAGUGAAUCUAAGCUGCUGUAAUGAAGCAAAAUACCCUGUGCCUGCUUGGUUAAUAAUGUGCUUUAUUUUAUUAUUAUUAGUUUAUUUAGCAGACGCCUUUAUCCAAGGUGAUUUACAGAGACUAGGGUGUGUGAACUAUGCAUCAGCUGCAGAGUCACUUACAACUACGUCUCACCCGAAAGACGGAGCACAAGGAGGUUAAGUGACUUGCUCAGAGUCACACAAUGAGUCAGUGUCUGAGGUGGGAUUUGAUCCGGGGACCUCAUGGUUACAAGCUCUUUUCUGUAACCACUGGACCACACAGCCUCCUUUACUGCUCUUAACCAAAUUGUUUUUCAAAUUGAGGAGGCUCGUGCUGUCAGAGAUGCUCUUUCUUUUAAGUUGUUUUG